GGGUUUUUUCCUCACUCCAAGGUUGGAAGAGAAAGCAGAAACAAUCUCUCCUUUUCGGGUCACCUUUGCUCUCUCCUUCUUCUAUCUCCUUCUUCUCUCUCAGCUAGUCUUUGUGCUUUAAGUUUAAGCCAUGGCUGAGACUUCAGGAGCUAAUGGUAAUGGAACCCAUGUUUUUAAUGUUGAAGAUGGUGAUGGCAACAGUCACAGACUUUCCCAAUCUUCCACCAAAACCAACCAAGAAUCAAGCAGUUUUGGUCUCUCUGUGCCUUUCAUGCAGAAGGUGAUUGCUGAGGUGUUGGGUACAUACUUCGUGGUAUUUGCAGGCUGUGGGGCUGUGGUGGUGAAUUUGAGCACAGAUAAGACGGUGUCGGCUCCAGGAAUUUCAAUUGUUUGGGGACUGGUUGUGAUGGUCAUGGUUUACUCCGUUGGUCACAUCUCCGGUGCCCAUUUUAAUCCUGCUGUCACCAUUGCUUUUGCCAUUACCAAGAGGUUUCCAUGGAAACAGGUACCGGCUUACAUAGCAGCUCAAGUCCUUGGAUCAACACUUGCAAGUGGUACCCUUAGACUAAUAUUCCAGGGGCACCAGAACCAUUUUGCUGGAACACUUCCUACUGGAAAUCCCUGGCAGUCAUUUGCGAUUGAGUUCGUUAUCACAUUUUACCUCAUGUUUGUUAUUUCUGGUGUUGCCACAGAUAACAGAGCGAUUGGAGAGCUUGCCGGGCUUGCGGUUGGCGCUACGGUUCUUCUUAACGUGAUGUUUGCAGGGCCAAUCUCAGGAGCAUCAAUGAACCCAGCAAGAAGCAUAGGACCUGCAAUUGUUUCAACCCAAUAUACGCACCUGUGGGUUUACAUUUUUGCACCAACUCUUGGGGCUGUGUGUGGUGCUUUGGUCUAUAAUGUUAUCAGGUUCACAGACAAGCCUCUGCGUGAGAUCACCAAGAGUAGCUCUUUCUUAAAAGCCGUGGGGAGCAAGUAACGGCUCUAAUUGUUGAUGAAGAAAUUAGAGAGGCAAAAAAAGGGUUAUAUUAACUAGUUAAUUAUGCACAAAAAGAAAAGAGAAACAAAUCAAGAUCAUUUUUAUGGUUUAAGCACCUUUAAAUUGCUCUUUUGUAUUUUGUUUUUUAAUAGAAAAGAAUGGAAAUUUGAAUUCCCA